AUGUCCACAGAGAACUUCUGUUUCGAGGAUGCCUACGACAUCCUCGAAGUCAUCGAAAGAGGUGCCUUCAACGUUGUCCGGCGGUGCGUGCACCAUGCGACCGGCAAACAAUACGCCGUCAGGAUGGUGGACAAGACGAGAUUGGCUACAUCAGCAGUCCUCACGGAAGAGGGUCUAAACAGAGAGGCUGACAUCUGCCACUUGUUGAAGCACCAUCAUAUCGUACAACUUCUAGAAACCUACAGUUCGGGGGGAUUCUUCUUCAUGGUUUUUGAGUAUUUGCAAGGGGGUGAUCUGCUGAAUGAAGUCGUAGAACGAGCAAGCGCGGGUUUCAAUUACUCAGAGACUGUUGUCUCGCACUACAUGAAACAAAUUCUGUCGGCAGUUCGAUAUUGUCAUGAUCACGAUGUCGUACACUGCGACAUCGGUCCCGAGAGCGUCAUGCUAGCCACGAAGGACUGCUCGGCUCCUGUGAAACUAGGCUGUUUCGGGAACGCGAUCCGGCUCAACGACCUUCAACCCUUGAAUCAAAAGCGCAUAAGACAGAAGCAUUUCACCGCUCCGGAGAUCAUCCGAGGCUUCAUCUACGGCAGAAGCGCCGAUAUCUGGUCUUGUGGUGUUCUCUUGUACACAUUGUUACGCGGGAGUCUACCUUUCAUCGGGAGCGGCGCUAGAUUGGAAGAACUGAUCUGCCGAACAAAAUAUGAGAUGAGCGACCCGAUUUGGGACGGAAUUACUCGCUCAGCGAAAGAUUUCCUUUCGCUCAUGUUGGUCAACGACGCGGUCGACAGGCAUUCAGCAGGACAACUGCUCGAGCAUCCCUGGCUGAAGCAAAGAGUUUCCUGCGCUGCAGACGAGUACCUUAGGUCGACGGUGGGUCAACUCCGGCAUCUCAAUGCUCAGAGACGGACGAAAAGUUUUCGCUCCCGCCUCGCCGAAUACUCUAACCUUGAUAUACUCCUACCAGAGAACGUUAUGGCAGCUGUCAAUUCGACCAGAUGGAACGAUACAAGAGACUUCAGACUAGGAGGCACGAUAAGCGAAGAGCGAGCGGAAAAGCUGCGUAGGGAAGAUACCGCCAAAAUUGAUGCUGUCUCGGUGAUUUUAGACUCGCUGGACGAUCUCGAUUGCCUUAAGGAUUCAUCCUAUGAAUCCAUAAUGAUGGACAACCUUUUGACGGACCAGCGACUGAUCUCCACGCUACAGCUGUAUGACAAAAUCCAGCAGCAAAAAUUGUUACCACCGACAGAUCUGCCAGAUGAGGACACUGCGUUGAUUGCUCAAGAGAUCGUCGAUUGGAUCGAAGACGGCUCCACCGAGCUCACAGCGGAGAUGGAGGAGCUCCAUGCGAUCCUGUCGAGGCCGCACCUGCGGUCGUUGCUGCAAGCUCACGACGUGGUGGCCUAUGAGAUCUUCCGCGAGAACGCAGCCGAAGCGGAUGCAUAUCCCCAGUCCGCGUUCCUGGAUUUGAGUAUGCCGACCAAUGCGAACAGCCACAGCAGAUUGUAUAAUAUCACCCGCAUCAGAUUGGUUCAGUUCCAAAAAAACACCGACGAGCCAAUGGGAAUCACACUGAAAGUAGACGACGAAGGACGCUGUCUCGUGGCCAGAAUCAUUCACGGGGGAAUGAUCCACAAACAAGCUACCCUGCAUGUCGGCGAUGAAAUAUUGGAAAUCAGUGGAGUCAGCGUCGCUAACCAGACCAUCGAUAGCCUUCAACGGCUGCUGCGAGAUGCACGGGGCAAUGUAACAUUCAAAAUUGUGCCAACUUACCGAAGUGUCCCACCUCUUUCCGGUCAAUCUAAUGUGUAUUUAAAAUGUAUGUUCAACUACGAGCCGAUGGAAGACGAACUGAUUCCUUGCACUCAAGCAGGGAUUCCUUUUAGGAUUGGUCAGAUCCUUUUGGUUAUAAAUAAAGAUGAUCCAAACUGGUGGCAAGUUCGCAAGUUUUCCCCCGAUGGCCCAUCUGGACUCGUGCCUUCUCCGCAACUUCAAGAAUGGAGACUCACACAACUAGCUUUGGAAAACUCUAAAAAUCGUUCGCAUCACGAGUCCAUGAAUUGCUCAAUCUUCAGGAAGAAAAAGAGAGACAAGGAGAAACACUUGAGCAAACGCGCUCUCGCUGAUGAGAUGGAUAUGACUUGCUAUGAAGAAGUCAUGAAGGUUCCUGGUUUCCAACGCAAUACUCUUGUUCUUCUGGGAGCUCAUGGAGUAGGACGAAGACACAUCAAGAACACGCUAAUCGAAGGAAACCCUGACAAAUAUGCCUACCCGAUUCCACAUACCACUCGCGCCCAGAGACGUGGUGAAGAAAAAGGUCAUCACUACUUUUUUGUUGAUCAAGACGAGAUGCUGCGGGACAUAGCAACCAAUCAAUACCUCGAAUACGGGAGUCAUGAAGGCGCCAUGUAUGGAACGAAGCUAGAAACGAUCAAAAGCAUAAUCAAUAGCGGGAAGAUCGCGAUACUGGAUGUUGAGCCGCAAGCGCUGAAAAUGUUGCGAUGCGCGGAAUUUACGCCCUUCGUCGUUUUCAUCGCGGCUCCACCGAUCGAAGCUGUGCCAGAUCUUGAUGGUAGUUUGGAGCGUCUGAAUCGCGAGUCGACUCAGCUUGCGCAGAGUUUCGGGAGGUGGUUCGAUUUGACAAUCAUCAACUCGGACAUCGAAGAAACCAUCCAUCGCUUGCGUGAAAUAAUCGAUCGUCUUCCAGUCGAAGAGCAGUGGGUCCCAGUUAACUGGGUAUAUAGAUAGCCGGAGCCCAUCUGUAAGUGUAGCGCGGUGUGAGGAAGCGUACCCUUGUACAAUGAGCAAACUGAAUGAAUUUUCUGAAAAACGUUCAAACCCCCCCCCGUCGCGCUCGAACGGAGGAGAGCCGAGAGAACAAGCUCGAGUAUAGCAAAUAAUUCCAUGACCAUACAAUGUACUUCGAGAACUCAAGUUCGCGAAACACACAAUCGGUGCCAAUUUCAUGCAGCUUGCAGCUCAGACCUCAUCGGUGGAAAACUAUCGGCUGCUCAGUGGUUCUCCACUGUAAGGAUAUGUCGUUAUUGGGAUCGUUCCGGAUUUGUUUCAGUUGAGAUCGUGGCACCUAGAGCCAUCGAGAUGUUUCAUUUGUGAAGGUCUGGCUCACUCAAUUCGAUCAGUAGCCUCGGACCCAUCAUUGUGUGAUUGGAUGCUCUUGGACUGAGGGUAGCCGAGAGAAUAAAUUCUAUCCG